AAAGUACCAAAACCGCAUCUACGAUUUGUUUAUACAAUAUAUAACAGGAAAAUAUGAAUAUUGUGAAUUACACGUUCAAACAAAUACAGUUUUAGCGUCGUUGUUAUACUGUUCUAGUGAUAAACUGGAAUUUUAUUGAAUUAUGAAACCGAAUGCUGAAAUGACCAUGUGUAUCUUAGUUCUGGUUUUGCUUGUUGUUCCCGAAAGUGUCAGCACAACAGAAGUUUGGUUUCCUGUGUUUAUAGCAUUUUCCGGAAAUGGAAAGCCCGUUCUUGAAGCAUGGAACAACCAGGCAUUGUGUAACGAUCUACCAACAUCGUUCGUUAAUCAGGGCACAAGCCGCCAUUUAAGAAAUAGAAUUAUCGAUAAUUGGGGUACUGCAAAUAUAAAGACGGUGAAAAUAGAAUUUUUCAAGAAUAAUCAUGUUGUUGCAUGGAUGUCCUUUAAUGGCAGACAUACAGAUAAGAUGAACUGGUUUAGUAGAGCAAAUCUAGCAGACAGUAGUUUUAAUGACUUGGAAUCCUGCAGUACAUUUAACUUCUUUUCAAUAACUGGAAAUUCACGGCGCAAGUUUUUUGUAAAUAAAAGUUAUCAUGGAUGUCCAGGAGAUGAUGGAUGGUUUGUUGUUAUUGAUCAAACUCCUUAUUGUCCAUGGGAAAAGAAAGGAGCCAUUCCACUUUUCCUGUACACCAAAAACUUCACACCUAGAAACUGGACCAAUGAUACGGCUGUUCCAGCAGAUACCAUGAUUAUAUCUGUUCUUUGUAUUGUAUAAAGUGCAAAAAGAGACAGAGAAGAAGGAUCAGGAAAAUAUAUUGACAUAAUAUGUAGCAAUAUUUUAAUUGUAACUUGAUAUUCAGGUGGUACCAAACAUCUUGGUUAAAUUGAUUUGGCUCGUUUCAUUUUCGUUAAAUAACAAACUAUUAACUUUGGCCCUUUGACAGAAAUAUAAAAAUGUAAAACACAUGUUAUCGAGAAAAAAUAAAUAUUAUUGGAUA